AUGACAAGUGCUGCAGCAAUGAUAAGCGGCAGCGGUGGUGGUGGUGGUGUGGAGGGAGGCACCGCUAUCCGGCCUAGCCUGAAGGAUUCUCGAGCGAGCCUCGUGCCGGAGCACGCCGGCAGCACUAGGCACAGCAGUACGCGAUCGCCCUCGUCCUCCUAUGUCUCGACGUCGCCGGCCCUUCCCAUGGCCGGUAUGAUGAUGCACGAGCCGGAGCGCAUCCGAAUGCGCGGUUCGGCUGCGGGCAACAACCGGCGGCGCGUCAAGGACUUCAACGACAGCAUAACUUGCACCCUCUGCAAUGGCUACCUGGUCGAGGCCACCAGCGUCAACGAUUGUUUGCAUGCAUUUUGCCGAUCGUGCAUCGUGAAAUACCUCGAGUGCAACAAGUACUGUCCCCGCUGCAAGUCGUACAACAGCAAACCGAUUACGGUCGCUAAUUUAAGGCCGGAUCGAACGCUGCGGGCACUCGUCUACAAGCUGGUGCCAGGGCUGCACAAAUCCGAAAACCAAAGAAUAAUACAGUUUUAUGCUUCGAUAUCGAGCAACAUCGUCCCAUCGGUGGAGGAGGACGAUCCGACCGGGCCGGGUACGUUCCAUCUGCUCGACGAUCAAAACUUCUUCUCCCCGGAUGAACCAAUCAGUCUGUCGCUGGAGUACCAUUACGAUACGGUGGCGGAGCACGGUGGCGCUGCGAGCGGGCAACUGCCCAUCACCUAUCUGCAGUGUCCGGCCGCCGUCACCGUGCACCAUCUGUACAAAUUUAUCCUCACGAAGAACGGGCUGCAGGUCGGCUCGGACAACAUUCGGGUGGAAAUUAUCUACGAGGAGGAGAUUCUGCCGCAUGACUUCACGCUGAUGGAUGUGGCGUACUGUUUCGACUACAAGCGGAUAGCACCGAUGCGGUUUUUCUAUCGCAUUCUCUUACACUCGACCGCAAAGUUGGCACCGACCGCGAGCGCAUACCACCGCGUCGAGGGACAGGACAAAAAUAGCACCAAGAGCGGUAACAGCGGCAGUCCCGACACCACUAGCGCUGCCAACCCUGGCAAGAGUUCUGCCGGCAGCGGCACCCCAACGGUGAGAACCACCCCAACUACGGCCGGUGUCACCGAUGGUCAGCGGCCGGGCAACACGAAAACCAAAGCGGCACAGGAAACCGGGGGCCAGGGCAAAACCCAACCGGCUGGUCGCGCCCCACGGGAAGAAACCGCUAAUAAUAGUGCCCCGAUGGCUGCUGUUAACGGUCAUCAUCGUGCGAAACCAUCGACGACGACGACAACUACGGCGACGAAGACGACCUCGAGUGAAGUGGUUCGGAGUGCUACCCAGUCAUCGUCACCGGUAGUCACCAGCACGAGUUCGAGCGGCCUUAAAAUGGUCCUCGUACCCAAAGGCAAACACGAAUCAAAUGCUGCUGGAACUGCUGAUGCGAAACGAAGUCCACCACCUCUCAAGGCCAUACAGUCAGCUUCCGCGCUGCCGCAGAAUGGUGGAGCCUCAGCCCCGAAGCAAUCAUCAAAAGAACCUCCAGCUAGCGGGAAAGAAGUAACGACACCGACGGUGGAUACGGAAAAAUCCCCAUCAAACUCCACCGCACUGAAAUGCUACGUUAAUUUGAAAACGCAAACCGUCGUUGGUGCACCGUCGUCCGGGGAAAAUUUCCCCUCGAAAGCCACCGGAUGCGAAUCCCCGAAACAACCUCCGGCAGAAAUCCCACGGUUAAAGAUUGAUUUAAAGGCGAAGCUAAGCAUUCCGCGCGAAAAGCAUCCUGGGUUGAGUCCGCCGAGCAGCAGCAACUCAUCGGCGGCGACAUCACCCUCAUCGGCCACCUCGGCGACGAGUUCGGCUGGCAAAAGUCCCGUCUGGCCCAUGGGGAAGGAGGAGUACGCGAAAACGAUCGGCCUGAAGCCGGUGUACGCGUCAAGCGUAGUGCCGGAGGUCAGCCUGGAUGAGUCCGCUACCCAUUCUUCCUCGCACCGGAAGCGCAAGAAGGGCAAACACUCGAAGGAAGCCGGUAGCAGUGGCAAGCGGCGGAAGUUGCACGCUGAAAUCUCAUCCCAGCAUGACGCAAGUCUCAAGAUGAAGGUUAAGCUGACGGAGAAACCACCCAAGCACGAACGGCUUAAGUCGUCGGGGAAUGAGGAGGAACCGGCACAGCCUAAAUCACCCCGAGUAGUGGUGCUGGAACCGGUCCCAAGCCCUCCGAAACCUCCGAAAGUGAUCGACAUCACAAAGGACGACGAUGAGGUGAAGUUCGUUGCUGAGCAGAAGCUGACCAAUGUGAAGAGUCCUCCCGUGCCAACAGCUGUUGUGCCGAAGGACGUUCCGGUGAGUGCUCCAGCGUCGUCAACUUCGACCACUUCGAAGGAAAAGUUGAACGAGAUGCGCAGCGUGCGUCACAAACCGAUGGUGUACAUCCCCAACCUGGACCGUAACCUCUCGGUGGAUAUGGCCGGCGUGGGUUCAUCCAUCAACUCACUGCUGGAGAGUGUUGGGGCGAAGACGCCACUGUUAAAGCCAACACCAGCCCUGAUACCUACCUCAACGGCAUCCUCCGGACUGGCGGGAAAAUCACAACCCCGUACACCGAUUCUAUCGCGCCCAAUGCCAUCCUGUCCACCGUUGGCCUAUCCGAUAGCCAGUUCACCGGUCACCAGUUCCACCACGGGAUCCAUCCGCACGAUGGCAGCUCCUCCAGCGAUUAAACGAUCAAUCAGCACGGACAGUGGUAAUGGGACUGCGGCAAAGGUGCCUCGCCUUGAACCACCGUCCCUUAUGCCUCCCGUUUCACUGCUACCUGCCAAACAACCGGCCCCAAUUCAAGCACCGAUGUUCAACUUCGCCAAAGGAGCUAAUCGUGCCAAGGCUGCCCAGCAGGCGGCGGGUAUGGCACCCACUCCACCCGAGCACAUUCCCUACCGCUCGCCGAUCAGUGCGUCCUACACCAAGGAGAUCCCGUCGACGAAGAAACCCAUCCCCAAUCUGCUGCUCCCACCGGCCACCGUUAGCGUUACGAAGAUGUCCGACAUAGUUUCGUCCACGCUGUCACCGUCCCCGCUGCACGAUAAUGGUCGUCCGGCUGUUGAGUUUCUGCGCAUACCUUCAACCGCACCCGUAGCCGAUAAGCCCAUGCUAGCGCCGUUCACUGCGCCCAAGGUGAGCACAAAAGCUACAAGACCUCCACCGGCUACAAUUCCACUGAUAAAGAUAAAAAAGCCCACGGUAGUGGGCGGUAGUGGCAACGAGUCAGCACAGGGUGGAGUUAUUCCGCCCAGCAUGACUCCACUGGCACCUCCAAUGCGCCCAAAGGUACCUGUUCGGUCGGUUUCCGAUCCGAUGGCCUGUAGUAACGCCAACAUCCUCGAUCUUUCCGGCGGAGGAGUGACGGGCAAUCGGCGGCUGUCUGAUGAUGUGAUCAUUCUGGAUCACAGCCCGGCAAAGAGUAUCUCCGACACGGCCAAUCGUUCGCGAGUGGUUGAUAGCAAUCGCGGCAAACCUUCCACCACCGCUCUUCACUUCUCACCGGUCAAACGUUCGCCAGAGAUGCUCAACUUCUCGGCACCUACGAGCACCUCGGCGCUCCUAUCGCAGGCUCUACCUCCGGUUCAGAAGACACUUGCUCCACUGCCCAAGCUGACGGAGAUCAAUCGCCAUCGGAGUGUAACGGUGCGUCAGCCAAAUGCCUCCAUACGGAACAUUCCCAACCCAUCGGCGUUGGCUUUUCGAGGCACCCAGUCUAGUGUUGCUACGACCAUUUCUAACUCUCCCUCCUCCACUACCAUGGGGAUGCUAAUGGCAGGGUUUACUUCUUCGUCGCCUACCCAGCAAAGUAACGGCAGUUUGACAGCUAGUAACCGUUCCAACGGUAACGCCAUCGGCACAACGAUGACAUCUUCAUCGACAACAAUCAAAACCAACACCGCGUCGCUUAGCAACGGAUCAGCAAGACAGCAGCAGCUUACACCAAUGAUGGGCAUCACCUCGGGCAUGAAGGGUACCUCCACCAAUGGUAACACCGAUCCGAAACCCCCACACAAUGGCAACACCACUCACAACAACAACAACAACAACAACAACAGCAAAAUUGCCAACGCCAACACGGGUCUUCUGGCCGCCAAGAAGAAGAUCGAAACGGUAGCGGCCGUAUUGAAGGCAGCCGCUGCCACAGCCGACACAACAUCCCAGCGCCACAGCACAGCGUCAACAACCACGAAAUCUGCAACCUCGGCGUCAAGCACCGGUGGAAUGGUCGCGAGAGAUGAACCGAAAGGAAAGCUACAAAGGGAAGACACCACGGCACAUCCAUCCGUAACGGCCGCCUCCAGCACAACGUCCGCGGGCAGUGGUGAUUCGUUGCCCAUGGUAACGGUGUCUGCCGUAAACCGUGUCAUCAACAACAAAACCCACGCGGAUAGUAUCGUUACGAGCGUUACGACAGCAUCCAUUGCGAGCGUUACGGGUACAAGCUCGAGAAACAGCCCGGCAAGUAUAGUGAACGUGGGGUAAGACGAUUGCGUUAUCUGAUAACGUUGAAUGUUGUGGGGAAGGCGUUUAUUUCUUAGCGCUAAUUAACUUAUACCACCCUGCUCCCUGUUUUGCAAAACAAAAAAUGUUUUGCUUGGCAACCAACAUACAUAGCAGGCGUUGCGUUUUGUUCGCGUACUUUUGUCGUCUGCCUUCACAUAAUAUUGACACUUUCGCGUAGACACUUUCGUCACGGCCAGUAUCGAUUUUACAUACCAAUAAUAAACACAUUUCCCUUAUAGUUCCUUCCGUAUUGCGAACGAUUUCAAUAAGCAUGACAGUAAAACCAUUUCUUUACACUUUGUCCAGGACCAGGCCACGUAUAUUAGUGUUGUAGUGUAGGGUUGUAGUAGCGCGACACACAGGAUCUUUAUUUCGUACGCAAAACGUGUGUUAAGGGGGAACUCGUUUUGGAAAAGAUAAUUCCACUUUUAUGGGUACAAGUGCGCAUGUAUUUAUAGCGCUAUAAGACACAGGAUUACGUGUGUCUCUCCGUGAGUUCGUAGCGUGUGUUUAGGUGUAGGGAGUAAAUUCAUUUAAAAUGAUACGUAAACCGGUACGUGCAGCAGUAAAUUGUUUUGCAAAGCGCCAGCUAAAAUGUGCACAACAAAUGCAUAGCAAAAAAAAAGAAAAUAACAACCCUUGUUAACAUUGUGUCCGAUGCGAUAGUUCCGCGACGAGUACAACUCACAACGGGAAGAAAGCAAGGGAAAGAUGCGCGUACCUAAGGAUAGCGAACGGGGGGAAAAGCCAGCCCGUGUGUGUAGGUGUUUAAUUUCCCUGAAGGUAGUUUGUAGCCAGCGGCAUUAAGCGACAAACUGUGCUUCGUGGGGGCGAUGGCACACUUCACGGUGAUGCUGCAUACGCCUGCAUACGUGUAAAUAGACGAUGGCGUUCGUUUGGCCGGACCGAAACCCGAAGCAUAAUAAACAAACCGUGGGAGCUUAAAGGGAGCAUCGUAAAGCGGGCGUGCGAGAAAGUAUCGCGAAUAAAAAGCACCCGCGUGCAGUCCACGUUUCUAGGCGCCCCGUACCCGAUGAAUGCUUGUUUUUCUUCUGUCUUUACUUUCUGCCCUUCGGUGCAACAUUUCGUUCAUGGCGGGCAACUUCGGUGGAAUAUCCAAACGCGCUUUGCGUUAAUUACCAUAUUCAGCAGAUGGUGUGGAAAUGGAAAAGUUUAUAAAACUAACUUAUAAAACAAAUACAAACUGGUAGAGAGUGAAUAAAUGUAGUAGAACAUAGAAGUAGUAAAAGAAAAACAAGUGUAAAUAGACCAAAAGACGAACGGUGAAUGUAUCGAUGAGAACAUAAAACAACACAAAGCAAAUGAUAUUCCAUGUGACAUAAAAAGGAGAAGCAGCAAAGAUCAAGCCCCGGCACCCGGCCAGUUAAGCACAGCAGUUUGAUGAACUUUAAAGUAAAACCACAUGCCAUCGGCGUUCGGUUUUUGUUCGCUUCAUCCACUCCGUGAACAGUUUGAAGCUACCAUCAUCAUGGCGCGAUACAAUCACGGUGCGGCCGAAGAUGCGUGGCAUAUUGAAAGAAGCGGCAGACGGGAAAGAUAGAUUGAUAAUUGAAGCAAAUGGAAAAAUUAUUAACCCGCGUCGCGUCUCCUUCCAUCGCCUGUCCUCCCUUGCCCAAUCCCAUAAAAAUCGUCAUCUCGUUGAGUGAUAUGCUGGUAAAAGGGUGACGGGAUGGGACGAAAAUUUCAUUUACUGGUACGGAGAAUUCUUCAUACGCGUACACCAGCAUGCAGAUUGAACCGGGUCACAAACACACAUUACCAGGGCAAAAUAAAAAAAACCGUUUUUCGGUGGCUGGGAAAAGCAAUCACUUCUUCAGCGGAAGAGAGAAUGACGAUCGCUGCUUUUUUUAUUUUGUCGAACUCGAUCCGAUUAUCGCUGCAGGCUGGCGGAGAGUUCGUGGGAAUUGAAGCUAGGAAUCGUUGGAAUUGGCUAUGAAAUUAAUUUUACACCUCGCCAAUGCAUGAUUUAUUGGAAAUUGAGCAUCAAUUAGGAAACAAUGCUUCGUGUUUCUUUGGCUGGACAGCCAACCGAGAUGGGACGCAACAUUACCAUUGCGCCAUUAUGUUUGGUUGGAAAUGUUUUAUUGUAUUAACGUAAAAAUUGUUUUUCCCUAAAAUAAGUUAUUCAACGUUUGUUUAAUUUAUUAAAAACUAGUUUAAUCAUGAGGUAAAAGGGGCUGUAUGUAAAAAAAAAAAAACAGUGGUUUACAGUAAGCUUUUGUUGGUUUUGUAUAAUUUAAUUGUUUAAGAAAAAAUAUAAACAUUUAUUUCGGGGGCAAUUAAUCAUAAGAAUAUAAAAGAUAUUCAUUAAACUAUUAUGCAUAUGAAAAAAAACAACAAAGGAGGCUAGUGUGCUUGUAUUUUAGUGCAAUACGUAGUAGAAAGGAAAUAAUGACAGUUCAAACAGUAGAGCGUCAAACACAUGACUAUGAGAUCGAGCGCUAAAGGAAAACACUGAUAUUAUGAUAUCCGCUCAGGGUAGGUGAUGGAACCAUCAGUAGCUGGCCAGCAUAUUCAUCGAAAGCAAAGCAGAAUUGAUGUGCAAACACUCGAAGGGGUUUAAAGUAGGAAAGAAAAAAAUAGAAAAAGGUCUAGUAAUAGAAGAAACAAUGUGUACAAUGGUAAGCGAAGUGUAAGUGUAAGAAAGAUAAGGAAAAUGAGUUGGAAAAUGAUUAAAUAUGACAUCAAUUACAAUGGAGCAAACAAAAGUGUAACCAGACAAACAAGCCCCAAUGUGCACAUGUAACAAUGCAUACAGUAGUUACAAACGGUACGUCCCGCUGUAAUAUGUAACCAAACCACAAACACACAUGUACAACGUCUGUACCGGAGGACACGGUACACGUUUCCUGCCCCCUGACCAUCCCCACGUACAUACAUAUGAAUAAUAAACAUCAAAAGGAAAA